UCACAAAUCCUUGGAAGGCACACUACAACCACCCAUACAUGAAUUUUACUGAGGUGCCACUUAUGGUUAGGGAUCGUUGGUUCACUGAGUUUAAGCGUACAUAUACUUGGAGAACUGAGUUCGAUGCUAAGGCUAGGAGAGAAUUUGACAAAAAAGCUGGGGACCGACUUAGGGGCACAUUGAACCAAGUUUACAAAAUGCCUCUCCAUAAGGAAGUUAGUUUCAUGACUGACACUGUUCGAGCUGAAUUCAUAAAUAAGCGUAAGCAUCCUUAUUUUCUGAAACGUUCUAACCAAGCAAGAGAUAAUCGGUUAUCUGGUCAAACAUUAGAGAAGUUUGACCCUGGCCAUCGCCAAGGUAGCGUAUCUACUCCUCAAGUGGUUAAAAAAAUGGCAAAGAAAAAGGAUGGAAUUUUACCAACUGCUGCUGAAGUUUAUGAGAGCACUCAUUCUCUUUGUGUGGGCAAUGAUGAAGUUGAAUUGAUGGGUGACAAGUCUCAAAAAGUCAUGGGAGAAUAUAUGGAAAAACUUGAGGAAUAUAAGAACAAAGGAAUUGAGAUAAACCCCGACAAAGUCUACUUGGAGGUUGUAUGUGGGCAAAAGAAAGGAAAAGUCUACGGUUGAGGGAGUGCUUCACAAAUGUAUUACAAGAGUGAUCCUACUUCUCAAUCUACUUCAUCAUCUUCCACUCCUUCCAUGAUUUCUCAAUUAAGUUCUCAAGUUGAAGAACUAACGAAGAUGGCGGAAGAAAACCAUAACAAGGUAGAAGAAAGCCAAAAAAUAGCGACAGAGAGCUUAAAAUGUGCUAAGGAAUUCGUCGAAAAUCAUGAGAUCGAAAAAGCUACAUGGAAGAAGGAAAAAUUAGCUAUGCAAAAAACAUUGCAGGAAAUGGCAUCACUUGUAAAACAAGUUGACCGUCCAUAUAAGCCUCCUACGCCUGCAGUCACCCGCUCUCGUGAUACAACUAAGUGAUUUUUAUUUUCUUGGUGGUAAUUUUUUGAACAACUGGUCUUUUACAUUGUCAUUAAUUCUUGUUUGAAGUAGCUUUUUUUUAUAUGGGAGGUGAUUUUUGGAACAAUUAGUCUUAUAAGUUAAAUAUUGUUUUUUAAUACAUUGAUACAAAAUUGAUUGAAA